CCGCUCUGAACCCACUUCUCCAGCUCCAGCCAAAGGAACAGCCAAAGACACUACUCCAGAUUCAUGGCUUCUAAAGAGAUGAAGGAAGGUCUCCAAGAUACGUUUACCUGCACCAUUUGUCAAGCCUCUCUCACAGACCCAGUGACUGUGGAUUGUGGACACAGGGUUUGCCAAUCUUGUCUUGAUGGCUCCAGCCAAGCUUCAGGGUCUUUCUUCUGCCCUGAAUGCAGGAAAGUCUCCCAGUCAAGAGCUUUUAAACUAGCUAUGAGGAGAAGGAAACCUGCUUUUAACCGCAGACAGUCACAGAGGUCUGAGGGACCCAGCAAGUGUGACAGACACCUGGAAGCUCAGACACUGUUCUGUAUGGAUGAUAAGACCUUACUCUGUGUGUGCUGUUCACAAUCCCAGGAACAUGAGGCUCACACGAUCCAGCCCAUAGAAGCAGCUGCUGGGUACUACAGGAAAAAGCUCCAGGAGAAUAUGAAACUUGUACGUGAAACUUUAAAAGAUGUUCAGAAGUUGAUACUAGAGGAGAAGAAGGUACCUCGGACAUGGGCUGUCCUGUGGACAGAACAAGUAGAAAUGCCAAGAAAAAUGUUUCAGGAAAAAUUUAAAGAAAUAAGUGAUUUCCUGAGUGAUGAAGAGGAAGAAAUCCACAGUCUAAUGGAACUGGAUGAGGAGGAGAAUGAAAUUUUUGAGCACUUGAAGGAGCAUGAGGCCCAGCAAGAAAUCCAAAACAGAGAGAAAAAGAUGAUGAGCAACUUCCAACUGUCCCAACACAAGAAUGACUUAAGGGAAAUGGUCACAGCACUGGAGGAAAAGUCUCAGAUGCCAGAUAAGGAACUGCUCCAGGAUGCAGGAAAUACACUGAGCAAGAGUGAGUCACUGUUGCUUCAAAAGCCAGAACCUUUCACACCAUUUCUGAGCCAUUCUUACUGCAUGGAUUUAACCAAAUUUCUGAAGAGAUUUCAAGAAUCUCGACCGGUGCAGUGCCAUUAUCCAUAUGAUUUUACUGAUGACCGAAAGAGGACUAUCACUUUUGCAGAUACUUCCUCAGGUCAGAUGUAUGCUGUUUAUACCUCUGGAAGUCUUCACUACAUUAAUGGGAGGGAUUUGUCUUUUACACGACUGGAUAUGGAUGGCAUGUCUGAAGAAGAGCAAGAAGAUCCCAUCUUUGCCUGUUACUGUGUGCCAGUUGAAAGGGAGAACUCGAUUAGCAAUUACCCUUCUAACCCCUCAAUAGAAUGGCAUUAGGAACAGAUAGAUGCCUGGGCAAACCAAGGACAGAGUUUCAGGAUGGUAUUGAAACUAUAU